CUUUUCCUCUCUUCUCUCUCUCUCUCUCUCUCUCUUUUGAUAUAUAAUUGCAAGUUUCUUUUUCAUAUCUUUCUCGUCAUUAUUAUCGAUAUGCCGUGACACGCAUAGGUUUUACGCAAUACAGUUUUAUUGUAUCGCAGAGUCGCGAUUUCUCACGAAUUGCGUCAAUCCUCUUAUCCCCACGGUUUCCCCACUCGCAGCAAGUGUUUUCAUUUGCUUUGGUCUACAAUGAACGAUCGUCAAACGUAGUAGUGUAUCGGGUAUCGCCACGUGAAGUAUUUCUCGCGAUUGAAUUUGAGCGUAAGACUUUUGUUCGAAAGCUCUCAGAAUGUCGAUAGCCGGCAAGACAGGCAUCAACACCUUAUGGACCGUCGUUUUUCUUUGCGUCAUUGCCACGAUUGUUGCAGUGCAUGCCAAGCCCACGAUUUACAAAAGGACCGAAGACAAUGUAUUUGAACCAGUAAUGGUACCCGUAUCAUCCACGGUAAUUCCAUUGCCUGUGUACAAAGUAGGCUACGGCUUGGGCUUUAUAUCGAAAGAUAAGAAGGCUCAAUCAUCGUUUAAACCGGAAGGUGGGAUAAAGUUGAUUACGACAGAUCGCGAUAUGGAUAACAUGUCAGUGAAUUUAACAAGAUCCAAGAAAAGAUGUAAUAUAUGAAUGUAGAUGCACAAAUUAUGUCAAGAACUUAAUAUUUGUCGAAGAUGAAAAUUUCGGACCAGCAAUAGAAAACCUACGUUCUGCUAUUUAUCGCAUCGAUUUCUUGCAAGCAUGCGCGUGUUAUCAUUAAGUUAUCUAAUUAAGAAGCUUUACACCAAAAAAA